AUGGGCCAAAUAUAUUCAUUUCUAGGCCAUGGAAAUACGGCUAGGAACAAUAUAAAUCAGGAAGCACUAUUACUCGGUGAAGAUUUUUCCUGUAAAAUAUGCUUGGAGGUUUUACAUGACCCAGUUCAAUGUCAAAACAACGAGCAUUAUUUUUGUCGGAAGUGUGUCACGAAGCAUCUGGGAAACUCUGAAACAUGUCCACUUUGUAUGGAGCAACUGACGCUCGAAACGCUGCGACCACCGUCAAGAAUUGUUGCCAGUGUUGUAUCUCAGUUGAAGAAACCACGUUGCAGUCAUGUUUCUCGAGGUUGUGAGGAGAAUGGUACGAUUGAAGAGUUGAUGUUACAUGAACAGACGUGUGGUUAUGCUCCGGUUGUUUGCUCGAACAAAGGCUGCAAAGAGACGGUGAACAGACGUGAUAAAGAAAGCCACGAGAUGGAAGAAUGCAAGUUUCGAAAGAUAACUUGCGAAUCGUGUGAUAAAGAGUUGGUGUACGUUGAGUAUUAUAAGAAACAUCAAUGCAGUUUAAGAUUGAGGAAAGAGAUAGAUGAAAUUAAAUUACGUUUUGAUGCAAAACCCGAGUUUUUAAAACAAAGUGUUGCUACCAGGACCAAACAUAAAGUAAAGCUCGCAACCAGUGCAGAACGCGUUCAUUCUAAGAAGCAGUCAAAUCGACAAGCACGUCCCACCAAAAACUCUACCACCAUUUGUGGAGAAACAAACGUCGCCGUCAACGGAAAAAUUUUUAUUUUUGGCGGCGGAGACAACGAUGAAAUUGGUAAAUCUGUCGAGAUUUUUAACUGGUCAACAAAGACGUGGACUUUGAUUAAAAAUUGUUUAUUUUUCCAACGGUGGUGCUCAUUUUCGUUCCUUUACGGGAAGAAAAUAAUGGUUUGUGGCGGUUAUUGCACAGAGCGGAUUGAAUACUUGAAUCCAAGCGAGAGUGGGCAAAAUGCAACCGUAGCAACAGUUUCGCUGCUCAGAAAUGCUAAAUGCGCUGGCUUACUCCAUAAAGAUCGAAUUCUCACGUUCCACGAAAGUGUAGUAGAAACCUCGCUUGAUUCACCGGGAGAAUCAAGAACACUCUUGAAAGAGAAGCAAGAUCGUAACCUUUCUGCCAGAGUGCAUUGCUUUGGUAACAAUAUUUAUAUUGUUGGAGGGAUAGAGAGUUCCAUGGAGAAAUAUGAUGUGCUUAAGAACGAGAUAAAAACUCUGCCUUUUUUGCCGUAUACAGUGUCAGACAUGGCGACUGUGGCUUACAAAGAUAACAUAAUUCUCAUAGGCGGUUAUGAUGAUGAAAAGUCACUGGAUGAUGUUGUGAUGUUUAAUGUGACCAACCAGGAAUACACGAAAUUGCCAUCCUUGUUAGAAAAGAGAUAUCACUGUGCAGCUGUGAUCAUGGGAAAUACAAUAGUCGUUAUGGGCGGUGUGGAUGACGAUGCACUAAAAACAGUGGAGUAUUAUGUGAUUGGUGACAGUGCGUGGCAAAAAUUGCCAGCCAUGAAUCUAGCUCGACAUGGUGCCACAGCCUGUGUGUAUGUGUGA